UCCCUAAAGCCCCAGGCGGCCGCAGCCUCCUCCUUGUACUCCCCUCCUUCAGGUGGGGUAAUGGUCCGUCCCAGGGAGCUAGGCUUGUUCCGGAGGGGGGCAAGCAGACAUGGUACGUUCCACUGCCUUCAUUACCUUCCGCUUUUCGCGGCUCCUCUGUUCUAUUUCCCCCUACCGAAAGAAACUUAAUAGGCUGGCCCCAAAGAAGGCGGGGGGAGCCGGGCGGAGGGGACCGGUCUGAGCCGGUCUGCAGCGCAAGCGCAGUGCGGAUAAACAGGAAGCGGGCGGUGGAGGCGGCGGCAGAGGCGAGCUGUGGGCUUCGAAGGGGAACAGCAGAAGAACUAAGAUUAUUGGGAGGGCAGCAGAGGCUGAGAACGAGGACAGGACUCUUGGCCGUCUUCAUCCAGGGAACGAGAGGUCACAGCCUCGCUCUGCGCUUAGGCUUCUGACGCCCCAGCUUAAAGCUGAGGCAGCGGCUGACAAAGGGCUCACGCCGGUGCCGCCGCCCUUCUCAUCCGGGCAUUCGGGUCCCUGCGGAGAGGGAGGGGGAAGGGCAGAGGGGGAGGGGAAGAAGUCAGAGGGGCGCACACUUGGAGCUGAAGACCUCUACAGGGCUCCGGGCCUGUGGCCCAGCGGACGGAGGCCGAGGAGGACCCGUAAAGGUGGCGGCAGCCGGGGGCAGGAGGAUGGUGCAGAAGGAGAGCCAAGCGACGCUGGAGGAGCGGGAGAGCGAGCUCAGCUCCAACUCUGCCGCCACUACUGGCGCAUCGCUGGAGCCGCCGGCAGCUCCGGCAACCGGAGAAGAUAACCCCGCCGGGGCUGGGGGAGCAGCGGUGGCCGGGGCUGCAGGAGGCGCUCGGAGGUUCCUGUGCGGCGUGGUGGAAGGAUUUUAUGGAAGACCUUGGGUUAUGGAACAGAGAAAAGAACUCUUUAGAAGGCUCCAGAAAUGGGAAUUAAAUACAUACUUGUAUGCCCCAAAAGAUGACUACAAGCAUAGGAUGUUUUGGCGAGAGAUGUAUUCAGUGGAGGAAGCUGAGCAACUUAUGACUCUCAUCUCUGCUGCACGAGAAUAUGAGAUAGAGUUCAUCUAUGCAAUCUCACCUGGAUUGGAUAUCACUUUCUCUAACCCCAAGGAAGUAUCCACAUUGAAACGUAAAUUGGACCAGGUUUCUCAGUUUGGGUGCAGGUCAUUUGCUUUGCUUUUUGAUGAUAUUGACCAUAAUAUGUGUGCAGCAGACAAAGAGGUAUUCAGUUCUUUUGCUCAUGCCCAGGUCUCCAUCACAAAUGAAAUCUAUCAGUACCUAGGAGAGCCAGAAACUUUCCUCUUCUGUCCCACAGAAUAUUGUGGCACUUUCUGUAAUCAUUCUGAUAAAAUGAUCUUAUUUGCUUUUUUGUGUUUAAGAUUUGUUCUGUUUCUAGUUCUUUGCUUCUGUGGUUAUAACUGCGACAGUUGUAUUUAUUCUUGUUUCUCAGAAGGCUUUUAUAAAUCAAAACUAUUUUAUUUAUUUUUUUUUUUUUUUCAUGACAGUGAAGAUAGCACUGUAUCCAUCCAGAUAAAAUUAGAAAAUGAAGGCAGUGAUGAAGAUAUUGAAACUGAUGUACUGUAUAGUCCACAGAUGGCUCUAAAGCUAGCCUUAACAGAAUGGUUGCAAGAGUUUGGUGUGCCUCAUCAGUACAGCAGUAGGCAGGUUGCACACAGUGGAGCUAAAGCAAGUGUAGUUGAUGGGACUCCUUUAGUUGCAGCACCCUCUUUAAAUGCCACAACUGUAGUAACAACAGUUUACCAGGAGCCCAUUAUGAGCCAGGGAGCAGCCUUGAGUGGUGAGCCUACAACUUUGACCAAGGAAGAAGAAAAGAAACAGUCUGAUGAAGAACCCAUGGACAUGGUGGUGGAAAAACAAGAAGAAACGGACCACAAGAAUGACAAUCAAAUACUGAAUGAAAUUGUCGAAGCAAAAAUGGCAGAGGAAUUGAAACCAAUGGACACUGAUAAAGAGAGCAUAGCUGAAUCAAAAUCCCCAGAGAUGUCCAUGCAGGAAGAUUGUAUCAGCGACAUUGCUCCUAUGCAAACUGAUGAACAGACAAACAAGGAGCAGUUUGUGCCAGGUCCAAAUGAAAAGCCUUUGUACACUGCGGAACCAGUGACCCUGGAGGAUUUGCAGUUACUUGCUGAUCUGUUCUACCUUCCUUAUGAGCAUGGACCCAAAGGAGCACAGAUGUUACGGGAAUUUCAAUGGCUUCGAGCAAAUAGUAGUGUUGUUAGUGUCAAUUGCAAAGGAAAAGACUCUGAAAAAAUUGAAGAAUGGCGGUCACGAGCGGCCAAGUUUGAAGAGAUGUGUGGACUAGUGAUGGGAAUGUUCACUCGGCUCUCCAAUUGUGCCAACAGGACAAUCCUUUAUGACAUGUACUCCUAUGUUUGGGAUAUCAAGAGUAUAAUGUCUAUGGUGAAGUCUUUUGUACAGUGGUUAGGGUGUCGUAGUCAUUCUUCAGCACAAUUCUUAAUUGGAGACCAAGAACCCUGGGCCUUUAGAGGUGGUCUAGCAGGAGAGUUCCAGCGUUUGCUGCCAAUUGAUGGGGCAAAUGAUCUCUUUUUUCAGCCACCUCCACUGACUCCUACCUCCAAAGUUUAUACUAUCAGACCAUAUUUUCCUAAAGAUGAGGCAUCCGUGUACAAGAUUUGCAGAGAAAUGUAUGACGAUGGAGUGGGUUUACCUUUUCAAAGUCAGCCAGAUCUUAUUGGAGACAAGUUAGUGGGAGGGCUGCUUUCCCUCAGCCUGGAUUACUGCUUUGUCCUAGAAGAUGAAGAUGGCAUAUGUGGUUAUGCCUUGGGCACUGUAGAUGUGACCCCCUUUAUUAAAAAAUGUAAAAUUUCCUGGAUCCCCUUCAUGCAGGAGAAGUAUACCAAGCCAAAUGGUGACAAGGAACUCUCUGAGGCUGAGAAAAUAAUGUUAAGUUUCCAUGAAGAACAGGAAGUAUUGCCAGAAACUUUCCUUGCCAACUUCCCUUCUCUCAUAAAGAUGGACAUUCACAAAAAAGUAACUGACCCAAGUGUGGCCAAAAGCAUGAUGGCUUGCCUCUUGUCUUCACUGAAAGCUAAUGGCUCCCGGGGAGCUUUCUGUGAAGUGAGACCAGAUGAUAAAAGAAUUCUGGAAUUUUACAGCAAGUUAGGCUGUUUUGAAAUUGCAAAAAUGGAAGGAUUUCCAAAGGAUGUGGUUAUACUUGGUCGAAGCCUGUGACAUUCAUUGGCACCGUGAACUGUCCAAAAGUCUCUUAACUGCACCUUGUGGGUGGUAGUUGAGGUCUUCAUACAGUUCAGCCUCUGGAGUGGCAACAAAUCAGCCAAUUGGAUUAGAAACAAAGAAGACUAUGUAAAACUCACCCAUCACACUUUUAGACUACUCACUGGUUGGAAGAAGACAGUAUGGCGGCAAAUCCUGUUUGAGAGAUGUGGGCUUCCUUUUUGAGUCUUGUGUUAGGUGUUGAGACCUUUUACAUGGGUUUAUACAGGGAGAGAAUCUUCAAUAAAUGUAGUCAGCACUAUUUUCUGCAUCCAGUGUGGUUGCAUUUCUCACCAGAGAGUAAUCAAAAUAACAUCUGUCAUCCUCCUUGGUUUAUUGAGUGAAAUGUCUCUCAGUCUUUGAGGACAUGGCCGAGAUGAGAGAAAGUGGGUUUCAGGGAUGUCAGGGUGGAGUGAUUUCAAGUGGGAUGGUUGUGGCAUUAGUUUAAGCUGAAUAAGUAAUUUCAAUUUGGGGCAGUUAUGCUUUUUGUAAAGCCGUGGCCAAUUGUCUCCUGUAAUGACUGUUGGUUCAGGCAUGUUGUACUUUGUAGGGACAAAUGUGCAUUUGUUUGUGGCAAAAGCCUACAAUUGACAAACUUGUAAAUUUCUUUGUAUAUAAACUAGCUGUAACCUAUCCUUUGUGUUUACUGUUUUUGUAAAUUUUUUUCCUCUAAAAAUGGAAGGGUGUUGGUUCAGAAUGGCACUUUGAAUAAUGUAAAUCAGUGAAAAGUAGAUUUUCGUUACUUUUGACUUUGGGUUUGGGAUUGUUUUUGUUCUUUUUGAAGUUCUAUUAUUUUUAAAGUGCCUCCCACCUAGUCCUAGGCCGUGACCAUUUGGGGUACGAGAGCCUAAUUUUGUAGGACUUAAUCUGUUGCAAAGUGCAGUUACUUGUGGAAACGAACCUCAAUACUAGGUCAGCAUGUGAAAUGUUGGAUUUGACAUCUGUCAAGUAGGGUUCAGGGACUGAUUGGUUCCAUUUGCCCUUCGGUCAGUUCUUUAAUCUUGAGACCUGUUACUACUGAUUUUAUAAAAUCAGAGUCUGAUUCUUGCAUGUUUGUAUCUAAUUUCUAAAAGAAUGAGCACACUUUAACCAAUUAUUUACGGUAACCUUUUUCCUUUAACCAGAUUGUGAAAGCUUCAUGUAUUUUAAUUUAGAUUUGGUGUUUUUAAGGGUUCUGAGCAUGAAGCUGGCAGAUAAUUUCUGCAGGACUCAUUUUUUCAUCAUGGCUGGCUGAUUUCUCCAUAGACUCAUAACAGUAUUUUGUUAUCUUGCUUCUCUGCAGUUUUGCAUCAGCUGUUUAACUUUUAGCUGAGUGAGGGGAGAGGGGUAAUGAGAAGCAAACUUGAAACAAUUUUUUUCGUAGAACACCAAUAUGGGCUUUGAGAGAGCCCUAAAGCAUUGUACCUGGUGGCACCUAGUGACUUCCAACCAAGGCCUUUGAGUAUGCACUAAAUAGGUGAGAAGAAAGAAGGCAUUUAGGUUAGAAAUCUUUAACUGAUAAAUGUGAUAUGUUGUAAAGCUGGAACCAGGUUUGCAUUUUUGAGGGCUAGAGGUGAAGGGACAGUAAGACAGCUGAAUUUUCCUCAGUUUUCUCAUCUUUAACACUAGUGGACAAUUCUAGCAUUUUAUCAGGAGGAUUUCAGGAUUAACCUCACAGAAUCAGCAUUUUUUAGCAAGUUUGCUUUUGGUUUUGUCUUGGCUUCUGGUAAUCAUGUUGACUGGUCUGGUCACAGGUGUUAACUGAAACAGAUGCCCUGGUGUUUGCUUUCAUCAUGCUUUCAUCACUCUAGGAUCAUGAAAUGCUAUGCUAUUUCCUGGUUAUGAAUAUUAAGGUUGGAAUGACAUUUUUAUUGAUUGUUUAGAUCAGAGCUCAGUUCCUGUAGAAAACGAACUGUAAAAGACCAUGCAAGAGGUAAAAUAAAACUUGAAGUGAAUGCU